AUGUGGUGCCGACCAUCUACAGAUGAACAAGUUACCCCGCGAACAAUGGCUGCAGUGUUGGCUGCUGUGUUGUCAACAGAGAAACAUCUUCGCUGCUCAGUUUUCUUCAUCACAGACGCCGCCUCCAGCGACCCAUCUCCUAUAUUAGAGGUGUUUAGGAUGGCAGGAGGCGUGGCAACCUUCCAGACGACACCACACACCUCAGAGAGUAACGCCACACGCUGGCAGGUCCCUCAGAUGCUCUCUCAGGCUCGGAAGCUUCAACAGGUGUGGCAGGUGUCGAGGUGCGCGACGCUGGUGGUGGUGAGCGACGACCUCGUCUUCCUCUCCACCUUCGCCCAGUGGUCCCUCAAGGGUCGCCUCCUGGUGUGGUCAACCAGGCUCCUGGUCGUCACCCGCCUCCCCCUCCACCACCUGCAGGUCCUCCACGGGCUGCUCUCCAUCACUAACUCCAUGCUGCUUAUUUUCCAAGAAACUCAAGUUGGCGUCAGGUGUAGCUUGUAUAUAGAGCUGCCGUACAGUCCCCUGGGUGCCGGGGCGCUGAAGGUGGCCUCUUGGACGCCUCACCGUGGCCUCUCCCUCACCUCCCACCUCACACUCUUCCCUCACAAGUUCUCCAGAUUCCCUCAGAGACCGACUCUCAAGCUGGCGACUGAGGUGAACCCCCUCAACAUUAUGGUUAACAAAGAGGAAGCUGAGACUCGUCAGGGAGAGAUGUUAGAGUUCACGGGACCAGCGCCAGCCUUAGUGGCUUACCUCGCCACGGCUCUCAACUUCUCGUACAUAUACAUGAGGCCUCCUGAUGGGUCUUGGGGCAUUAAGCGUGAAGACGGUACCUGGUCAGGCAUGGUGGGCAUGGUCAGCAGACAGGAAGUAGAUAUAGCGGUCGGCCCCUUCGGCAUUAGUGGAAUCCGCGCUGAGGUGGUGGACUUUACGGAGCCAAUAAUUAUAGACUACUGGAAGAUGCUGGGAGGUCGAGGUCGGCCGGAGGUGGACCCAUGGGGCUUCCUGUACCCUCUGGAGCCACUGGUGUGGGCGGCCCUCCUGGCGGCGCUGCUGGUGUUGCCCCUGGCGGUGUUCCUCCUAUCUUCAUGCUUCUCAAUCAGGACCGUCGACCAAAAUAGCAAUUUUCCAGCAACUUCCGCUUACCUCCGCAUAUUAUUGAAUCAGAAUGUGUUGGACUCCGGAGCAGACUGGUGGUGGGAGCGGGUGGUGCUGGCAGUGUGGGGGCUGGUGACAGUGGUGCUGACCCAGAGCUAUGUCGGCAACCUCAUGGCUCUCCUGGCUGUGAAGUACAUCCCUCAGCCCUACCAGUCUCUCCGGGAUGUGUUGGACGACCGCUCAGUGAUCACCAUAUGGGAGAAAGACUCUGCUAAUGUGCAGUUUUUACAUGAGGUCAAGUCUGGAAUAUUCCAUGAGAUUGUUGGUCUGGAAGAGAAGGGUCGUCUUAUAUACAGAAGUCACCCACAGUUCGGAGAGAGCAUGGACACCUUGGUGAGGGGGGGAGACCACGUUCUCAUGGAGGUCGACUUUGGUUUAAAGAUUUACAUGUCUCGAGAUUUUAGCAUUUCAGGUCAGUGUUCCUUCUACGUGUCUAGAGAGGGGUUUCUCCCUCUGAUGUUUGCUAUGGUGGGCCAGAAGGGAAGUCCAAUUGUUUCAGCUUUAAGUAGGAGGAUACGGGUGAUGACUGAGGCUGGACUGUUCCUACACUGGAUGAAGUCCGCUGAGCCAAACUCCACCGUGUGUCGUCAUGCUCAGACAAAAAUCGUCGUCCAGGAGUCACUUUCUCUUAAGAAUAUCUGGGGAAUGUUUGUCAUAUUUAUUGCUGGUCUCACUGUCUGUGUCUUUGUACUCUUCCUGGAGCUUGUGACAGUCAACAGUCUUCCCUGA